AUCGUUUCCUCCUAAAUUCGAAACCAACUCGUCCGCUCAACUCGGCCAGCAAUCCGAGUUCACACACUCCAAUCCCGACGCCUCUCAUGGCGUCUCUUCCUCAUUCGCUGACACUCCUCCUCUUCUCUUCCUUCUUCGUCUCCUCCUUCAUCCUCCCUUCGGAAUCUCAAUUUCAACCCCUCGAUGAGGCCUUCACGUCGAUCCUCAUAUCCCAGAACGGCCUCGAUUUCGUCAAGGAGCUGCUCGUCACCGAGGCGAUCGCCUCCGCGGUCCCGCUCCGCCUGUCGGACAUCCAGAAAUCCAAGAAGAUACCCUUCGUCGGCAACGUCAAGAUGGUCCUCUCCAACAUCACGAUUUACGAAAUCGGCGUCUCGAGCUCGUAUCUCAAGCCUGGGGACUCCGGCGUCGCGAUCGUCGCGUCGGGAACGACCUGCAAUUUGAGCAUGAAUUGGUUCUACUCCUACCAAAGCACUUGGCUCGUGCCCGUCGAGGUUUCCGACAAGGGGCGCGCUUCUGUUCAGGUUGAAGGCAUGGAAGUGGGGCUUACUGUAGGCUUGGAGAACCAUGAAGGUACCCUGAAGCUCUCUCUAAUGAAUUCUGGUUGUCAUGUUCGAGAUAUAUCGAUAAAGUUGGAUGGAGGUGCAGCUUGGCUUUAUCAAGGAAUGGUCGAUGCAUUCGAAGCACAAAUCGCCUCAGCAGUGGAAAAGGCUAUAACGAAAAAGCUUGGAGAAGGAAUAUCAAAACUUGAUUCCCUUCUCCAAUCUCUUCCUAAAGAAGUUCGUGUUGAUGAUAAUGCCUCUCUUAAUGUAACAUUCGUGAAUGAUCCUGAAUUGAGUAGUUCUUCAAUUGGAUUUGAGAUCAAUGGUUUAUUCAUGGGACGGCAGAAGGAGAUGCUUCCCAACUACUACUACCCAAGAAAUCCACACCUUUCAGUUCUCUGUAGAGAUCCAGCCAAAAUGCUUGGGAUUACAUUGGAUGAGGCUGUCUUCACCUCUGCAUCAUCCUUGUAUUAUGAUGCUAAGUUUAUGCAUUGGACUGUGGAUAAAGUGCCGGAUCAAUCUCUUCUGAAUACCGCUGGAUGGAGAUUUGUUAUUCCCCAAUUGUAUAAAAAGUACCCAAAUGAUGAUAUGGACCUGAAUAUAUCAUUGUCUUCUCCUCCGGAGAUCAGGAUAACAGAGAACAAUAUAGAUGCUACUGUAUUUGCAGACCUAAUAAUUGAUGUUCUGGAAGCAGGCGAAAUAAUACCAGUAGCGUGCAUCUCGUUGGUGAUAAGCGGUUCCGGUUCAGUUAAAAUCUUAAAGAACAAUCUUGCUGGAAGCGUAAAAUUGAAUGAUUUUGCAAUGUCACUGAAGUGGAGUACUAUUGGUAAUCUGCGAGUUAAUCUUAUUCAGCCAAUAAUAUGGACAGUUAUUGAAACCGUGUUCUUGCCGUACGUGAACUCACACCUUGCGAAAGGAUUUCCGUUACCAAUAAUCCACGGUUUCACCCUUCAGAAUGCUGAUAUAGUCUGCUCUGCUUCGAGAAUCACCGUUUGCAGUGACGUAUCCUAUGCUGAAGCGGGCAAUUUGAAGAACCUGUUGAUGCGCUUCCUGUAAUUGCUGUUCUCAGAAGUAGUUGAGAGAGACCGGUGCUGGCUUACUAUUUGUACAGCGUUGCAGCAUGUACAGAGAGAGCAGGGCAUGGUGCCAACUUCAGUUGCUAUGAUCCGCCAAGCUGGGGAAGGAAAUUUUCAUCUCUGCUUAAGCAUUUCUCCGACAGGGGUUCUGAAUGUGAGCGUUAGUCAUGAGCCGAGGUGUGGAGUAGAUUCAGAUACGCCAUUUCGCCGUAGUCAUGGCACAUUUCAGUCUGCAAGACCGGAGCCUGCACGGGAUCGUUCUUGGCAAUUGUUCUCGCCGUGUGAAUAGUUUCAACUCAGGACUGGAGUCAUGACCGUCGCCAUCCACUUGACUCACUGCAUCGGUUGCAGAAAAUAUGUAAUGAGACCAUGGGAAAAAUAUACAAUGGUUUUUGUUUACAUCCAUUUUGCCUCCUCCUC